AUCCCGCUAGCCUGCCGCAGUGACGAUCAUAGGCUUGCCGCGAGUAGACGCGUGUUUCCCCGUGGAACAUUUUGACGCACAGAAGAGAAUUACAGUUGUGAAUGUGAUUCGAGAAGAUCUAGAAAACUAACACUAAAACAUCACUACGACAGGACGACCAACGCGAUCCCAUUGUGAACCACUCAGGAAGCCUCGGAUUCUAUAGUGUUAGUGGUUUCGAACCGAUAGCGGAUCGAUCGAUUCAAGAAAUCCCUCGACACAAACCGGUUAAUGCUGUUCUGUUGAUCAGCAACCGUGAUCGUCUUACCGAUCACCGCGCUAUCAAAGAAGGUGCUAAUCAUAGAGCAGCUAGUUCACAAGAAAAAAAGUCAUCUUCCAAGUUUGCUAUCGAGCCUCUGGUUUGCCUGCAACGCAACAAGACUGAUGCGCUGUGUGGGACUGUGAAAAUCCCAUACAAGCGAGGAAAAUGACGAUCAGUUACGGGCUUAUCCUAUCUGCCACAGUUGUGCUAGCCUUGAGUGUUCUGGUAUGGUGUCAAGAGGGAUUUUCAGUACCCAAAAAUCCAAAAAACAGCUUAUACGAAGGUUCGCAACAAUUUGCGCUCAACUUUUUCAAGAAUGUUAGUAACAUUGUGGAUUCCGAUGCGAAUGUGACAACCACCAACAUAAUCGUGUCACCUCUCUCCGUGUGGAGCUUGCUCGCGUUGAUUACUGAAGGGGCCGGCGGCAAAACGCUAUCUGAGAUGCUGCAUGUUUUGAAUGUGCAGGAUCAGGCCGAGAUCAAGCACAACUACAAGACGCUGCUAGAGACAAUCCACGUCAACACACGCGAAGUGAAGAUCUCGACAAGUCAGUUUAUAUUUACCGACAAGAAUCGUCCGGUCUCGCGAGACUUUGAGAAUGCAAUCGAUAACUACUAUGGGGAUCAUCUGGUAGAAGCGAUAGAUUUUAACAGUACACCAGAGAAUGUCAAGAAAAGCUACGAUCACAUCAAUCAGGUCGUUAGUGAUGCUACUGAAGGACAAAUCACCAAAGCGAUUACCCCAAACGAUCUUCUUCAAGCACGAAUGAUAAUGCUUUCGGUUUUAUUUUUCAGAGGAGAGUGGACGCUGCCCUUCAAUCGAACAUUGACUCUUCCAACGCCAUUCUACGAUGAAAAGGAGCGCACGGUUGGAAACGUUCAAAUGAUGUACCAGAAGGCAGUUUUUCCGUUUGCGGCGUUCCGUGAGCUGGAAGCUCAAAUCGUAGAGCUGCCCUAUGGAAACGAUCGCCAGUUGAGCAUGAUGUUGAUUCUCCCCCGAAAAGGAGUUCCCUUGCAGGCGGUCAUCCGUCGGCUGGCGGAUUUCAACAUGGACACCAUCUACAAGGAAUUGAAGCAAGCUGCGAUAGAGUACGAAGACGACGAGGUGGAAGUAUAUUUGCCAAAGUUCGAAAUCACGGCCGAUUACAACCUAAUACCGGUGCUGCAUGAUAUGGGUAUUCGUGAAGCACUGAACAAGGAAACUGCUAACUUUACUAAGAUGGCAGCGGAAGUUUUUCUAGGCGCGGUAAUUCAGAAGUGCAAAAUCGUCGUCGACGAGGAAGGAACAACUGCAGCUGCCGUAACAUCCGCUGUUUUCGCCAAUAAAGCAACCCCGCCACGUUUCUACGCCAACCGACCCUUCGCCUUUCUGAUAGUGAACAAACGGUACGAUUUGAUUUUGUUCAUGGGACAGGUAAAGGAUCCCCAUUCACUGUGAGGCAAAUGUCUAGAGAUAAAUAUAACAAUCGUUUCUUUCCAAUAAGGAAACAAAUCCGAAAUCAA